GGCUGGCUGAAAAUUACCCUCUGAAGGCACAUCCACUUCCCCCGCCUUAUCAAUCACAUCCACCAGCCCUCUCUUCCUCCUCCAGCCCCCCUUGCUGCUGGGUCACUUCUCUCUGCCUUCCCAAUCCAAAAAAACGCCAACCAGACACUGGAUUCCAGCUUGACUCAGCCGGAUCCGGUCCCUCUGGCGACUCACAGAGACCAUAUAUACUUCUUCCGCUGGGCUGCCUCACCUCUUUCUCCCCCUUUCAACGCUGCUCCAUCUCCCCUGCGCCCUGCACCCAUCUCCGUCUCUGCCACCAUCAGCUCAUCCCGGACUCCCCCGCUGAGCCAACAAGCUGACUAUCAGGUCCCUGCUCCCACACGCAGAACCAGACGAAGAAAAUCUCUCCCCGAGGAUGACGGAAUACGAUUACUCGCCAGAGGCAUACGAGCGCCAUAUGCGCACCCAGAACCGCGUCGGUAACUGGGUCUCCGACACAACCAAGGCCUCUAGUGAAUACAGCAAUCCCUUCAUCCUCUCUCCCAAUCACGCCGCCCGUGCCCUCGAUGCCUGGAUAGAGAAACCACAGACUCAACCCCAGGGCCAGCAGUUCUACGCCCCACCCCGGGGACACCCACAGCAGCCCUACAUCCAGACCCAGCCCCAGCCGGGCCCAUCGCGCCAGUCCAUUCUCCAUCGCAGCACAUCCUCGUCCAAACCCCGCAGCCCGACGACGUACACCCCUACCGGACGGAACCCAACAACGUCCGCACCCAACCAUCCCACGUCCCGCAGCCCGACAAACUCCAAGCCGGAGAAACCCCGCGGUCGCGACCGCGAUCGCAGCCUUGGCAGCUCCGCCACUAUCGUCGCAUCAAACUCAGGCUCCGGCUCAGGUUCAGGUGCGGGUGCGGGCUCGUACCCACGACUGAACCCCAAGCGUUCCAAGACGCUCCCGCCCAACACCGCGGACGGUGCCCGUGGGUCGCGGCAGACGCGCUCCCGUUCGCACUCGCACUCGCAGCAGCGCGAGCCGAUUCAGCCCGCGUCGCACCAGCCACAGGUGUAUGCGCAGCCGCACAUGCAGCAGUCGCAGGCGCAUAUUCACCAUCCCCACCAUGUGCACACGCAAUCGCAGCCCCAGCCGGUCCAGCACCAGACUAUCCGGCGCUCGCAAUCCCGCUCGCGGUCGCAGUCGCAGGGCCAGGGCUGGCAGUUCGUUGACAAGCCCUCGACCCGCUCACGGGACACGUCCAAGACCCGCUCUCCCUUAUCCAGAUCAUCUUCGCAGCAACGGCGGACAUCGCAGCAGCAGGGCGGCGUCAGCCCCUCACAGACGAUGAAGACGAGCCCACGCUCGCAUGACCGGUCACCACCGACCACAUCCCCUGUGUCGAUCCCAGCGUCAUCGCCGAGAGGAGGCCCACCUGCGAGAGGCAACUCGACGCCAGCAGGAUAUGCGCAGUCUUCCUACGAUGGGAACUCGAGCACGAUAUAUCUCCCUCCUGGCCCACCCGGCCAGACGUACUUUGUCGUCCCCCCGCCCGGCGGGCGGGUUGUCGCUGGGGACCCUGCCGACAAAGUUUACCCAUCGCGCGCGGUCCCGACCUCGCCGACGAAGCAGUCGCUCCUGAAGCGUCUCCUUGGGUUCCUCAUCUCCUCUGGCUCGUCGCAUAAAGGCAGCGAGAAGAGCGGCAGGGGCAAGUCACGGCGGUCGAACCGUCGGUCAACAUAUUAGAUUAUCUGUUUCUCUCGAUCUUGCUUUCGAUCUCCUUCGAUCUUGAAUCUGUUCCAUAUCCUUCGAUCGGCGGUUUCAAUCUGGGCGCAUACUAGACUAUGGUGCGACAAUCCAUCGCAUGCAUCGUGACCCACAAACACGUUUUGCCACCACCGUUUCACAACACGCCCCCUUGCGGUCACCCCACUUCACGCUCCCGCCUCUCCCCUGCAUGCAGCGCCGGCCGCCACCCAUUACCUCUUGACUUAUCACCUCUGUGGAUACACCCUCACCUUCGACUCAUUUUCGACUCAUCUUCAUCCUCAUCUUUGCCUGUCAUCUUCGUUUGUGUUCGCUCUCCGUGUUCAUCCCCAGUCUCAUUUUCACUUGUCCCUUGUUUUGCCGCAGCACUUGAAGCUCCGAUGCACAAUACCACACCACUACCACCACGUCCCCCCAUCCCAUUCCACCAUUGCUCUCCGUCACCAUUACCGUCACCACCUAUUCACCCCAUAGACUUGGCUAAUCUCCCCAACACGUUCGCAUCACUCACGUCACAUGAACUCUCCGAACUUUCGAACCCUCGAACUAUGUGACUAUAUGUUUAUGGCUAACCUUAUGCACACUAUAUGCGCUUGCUUAUGCUUUUAUGGACUGCGUACGUUAUGCACCCAUUUAUCCCUUUCCUUAACCGUUUCCCUCUGCUUCUUACUUCCUCCGUUUCGAUUCCCUUUACGUCCCCAUCCUCGUCUUAUCCUGCUUUCAUCUGUCUCUCUUCUUCUACAUUGUAGAGCACCACCACCCUCGCCUCACGGCAAAAAUUACUCGCGCCGCGGCAGAGCCUCGGCUCACUGCUUCGCACCGAUCUCGAUACCCCCGAUCGCAGGCAGACGCGUACGGUCUGUACAUACUAUCCCC